GGAGGCAGCUCCCGGCCGGCGCCGCCCUCUGCCUCUCGCCGUCACUCCCUCCCGCACGCCGGCGCUCCAAGGCCGCGCUUCCUGCGUCCGCAUCCCGGUCUCCGAGCGCGCGGCGCGCCGUCUCCGCCGCCGCCUCCCUCGACCGAGAUUCCCCCGAGGCCCCAGCCCCGCGAUCGCGCCAGCCCCGGAGGAGGCAGCCCGAGGGGGCCGGGGUCACGGAGCCCUCAGCCCCCGGCUACCUGACCGAGACCGAGCUGGGCUCGCCGCCGCCCGGGUAGAUCCUGAACUCUAGAUUGUACCAUGAAGGGUCAUUUCCGGGCUGCCCUGAGCUGUGCCAGGUGACAACAGACCCCCCGGCCACCGCUGUCCACACGGGACGCCUCGAAUUUGCUGGAAGCCAUCCCUCAAGAGUGUGGCUGCUGUUUUCCUAGUGCGGCGCUGAGGACUUUGUUCAGUGCACUCAAGGGGGUUUUGUUGCUGCUGCUGCUUUUUAUUUAUUUAUUUUCUUCCUUUGAACUGGGCUGUGCCCUGUUUUCGCUGGCAUGAUGGCGCAGUCCAAGGCCAACGGCUCACACUAUGCGCUGACCGCCAUCGGCCUGGGGAUGCUGGUCCUCGGGGUCAUCAUGGCCAUGUGGAACCUGGUGCCCGGGUUCAGUGCGGCCGAAAAGCCGACAGCUCAGGGGAACAAGACCGAGAUAGGCAGUGGCAUUCUCAAGAGCAAGACCUUCUCCGUGGCCUAUGUGCUGGUCGGCGCUGGGGUGGCCCUGCUGCUGCUCUCCAUCUGCCUGAGCAUCCGGGACAAGAGGAAACAGCGGCAAGGCGAGGAGAUGGCGCACAUCCAGCACCAGCAGGGGGCCGAGCCUCGUGCCCAGGAGGAAGACAGCCAGGAGGAGGAGGAGGUCUCCUCGAGGUACUACGUCCCCAGUUACGAGGAAGUGAUGAACACAAACUACUCGCAGGCGAGGGAGCAGGACCAGAACCAGAGGAUGAGCAUCUCUCUCCCCUCCUAUGAGUCCUUGACGGGCCUCGAUGAGACGACCCCCACGACCACCAGGGCCGACGUGGAGGCCAGCCCGGGGAACCCCCCCGACAGGCAGAACUCCAAGUUGGCCAAACGCCUGAAGCCACUGAAAGUUCGAAGGAUUAAAUCUGAGAAGCUUCACCUCAAAGACUUUAGGAUCAAUCUCCCGGACAAAAACGUCCCUCCUCCCUCCAUCGAGCCUUUGACCCCCCCGCCACACUAUGAUGAAGUCCAGGAGAAGGCCCCCGACGCCCGGCCGCCUGACUGACGGCGCCUCUCAGGUGUCUUCCCUCCUGCCACUCACCCUCCGCACCCACAGACCCCCAGUGAAGCCACUUCAGCUGCAGAUGAGGAGCGGAGGGGCCAGAUGCCUCCUUAGCAAUUUGGAUGGUGGGGGGUUCUGUGAAUUGGGAGAGACUGUGACGUCUGCGGAACCUCAUGUAGCAGGCACGUCAGACAGAGAUGCUGCCUUGGCUCUCCUGAUGUUGCGGGGCCAUCGAGGGGUGACCCAGGCAUCUUCCCCCUUGUUUUCCUUCAACUCUGAAUUGUCGGCCACAGCACUCCUCUUUCCGGUUAGGAAAGGAUAGCCAGCAACUGGUUAGAUUGUGGUUUUGUCCUGCCUCCGCUUUCUUCACUGGAGUCCUGAACUGUGGGUGGGGGAUAUGACUCAGCUUUGGAGAAAGGACACGGGGCCGUUUUGUGAAGGAAGAGAAUCAAGAGGCUGCAUGAUUAUGUGGGGCGAGGCCCAGGUGGGUCUCUCGGAGCCCCUGAUCCGCCGGGUUGUUGAGGGCCCCAGGCCUGAGGAUGCAUAAGGUCGUAGUCUUAUCUGGUACUCUCUCCUCGUCUCUCCUGUGUAAUAGCAAGAAAGGACAGCUGUGUGGGAUGUUGUGUUCCUUCUAAAAUGCCAUGCAGCCGAGCUUUUUAUAAUAAAAUAUUUUAUAUGUAGGA